UGAGAGCAGAGAGAUCCUCAGGAUAUCAUUAGCCAAAGGAAAAGCUCCGCAUUCCCACCCAGUCCAGAAGUUGAAAUAGUACCAGAGGGCAAGAACCAGCCUCUCUCCAGCUACAGGCUCCGUCUCCCUGCGGCAAGGGGAAACUCCGAGAGUACGCCCAGGCGACGGAGCCAGCGUCCCGCCAGAGCCCCCUGUGCCCUGCGGAAAGAGCCUGCGGAGUCCCAGCCGCCCAGCACGUAGCGCAGCAGCUCAGAGCCUGGUGCACCCCGCGCGGCUGACCCUGCUACCCAGGCGCGGUUGCCACAGCCACAUGAAGCCUGCUGGGGAGGUGGGGACAGGGUGCAGCAAGCCGGUUUGGACUGAGGCUGCCGCCGUCUCAGGGAGGCGCUGACUCCACAGGGGGACCCCUUUCACGUGCCCGGGCGAAAAGUCUUCUCCAGGGGUCCCCUGUCAUCCUGAACAUACAGGAUGGUGUUUCUGAAGUUCCUCUGGAUGGGUUUCUUCUGCCACCUCUGUCAGGGCUACUUCGAUGGCCCUCUCUACCCGGAGAUGUCCAAUGGGACGCUGCACCACUACUUUGUGCCUGACGGGGACUACGAGGAGAACGAUGACCCGGAGAAGUGCCAGCUGCUCUUCAGGGUGAGUGACCACCGGCGUUGCUCCCAGGGGGAGGGGAGCCAGGCCAGCCGUCUGCUGAGCCUCACCCUGCGGGAACAGUUCACGGUGCUGGGCCGCCAGGUGGAGGACGCUGGGCGGGUCCUGGAGGGCAUCAGUAAGAGCAUCUCCUAUGACCUGGACGGGGAAGAGAGCUACGGGAAGUACCUGCGCCGGGAGUCCCACCAGAUCGGGGAUGCCUACUCCAACUCCGACAAGUCCCUCACCGAGCUGGAAAGCAAGUUCAAGCAGGGCCAGGAACAGGACAGCCGGCAGGAGAGCAGACUCAAUGAGGACUUCUUGGGGAUGCUGGUCCACACCAAGUCCCUGCUGAAGGAAACGCUCGCCAUCUCUGUGGGGCUCAGGGACAGAUACGAGCUGCUGGCCCUCACCAUCAGGAGCCACGGGACCCGACUAGGUCGUCUGAAAAACGACUAUCUUAAAGUAUAGGUGACCGGGCACCCUGCCGGGAGAGGGUAGCAGAGCUACCCUGCUAUGGAGGCUGGGGAACAGAAGACAGGGCUGACAUUUCCCUUACACUUACAAUUUUCUUACCCAGAUUUGCACUUGGAGAAUGAUCUGAAGUCCUUCUUAAAAGAAGUGGGAGUUGAGUGGUUUUGUUUUACCUUAUUUAUGUGCCUGCCAUUGAUUUGUCACCUGAAAAGUUUUAAACCAUGCCUCCCACCUUUCCUACAGGCUUGAUAACGCUGCGGAGACACCUGUUUCGGCCACACUUAAAAGCACACAAGUUACGUACGCAGUGCUUAGCUUUCCCAUCCCGGAGGUUUCGUGGAAACACUCAGAAAGCAGUGUGUGUGGCUCCUUUCCGUUCUCAGCAGUGACUCCGGGCUCCGAAAGCUGUCAAGGCUGCCUGCGUGUGAGAUGGGGGCUGGGGUGCGCUCCGCAUCCGCAUCCGCGUGCUUGCCUGCAGAUGGAAGUUAAGCGCUUGUUUCCUCCUCACCUUUUCUCUCUUAUUUAUUACCAUGAUCUCUAAGGUUUUGUUUUUAGGAAUCUUUUUUUUUUUUUUUGGUAAGAGUAUGGGCUAGAAACUAUAUGCCAAUCAUCCUUUGCAGGAAGGUGUCUGAAAUGCUUCUGUGGUUGUGUGUCAGUUAAAGCAACCACACUGAAGUCUCAUCUUUGUGGUUGUUGUGCAUUCUUGUCCGUAUGUUGAUUUGCUAUGUCUCACAUCCUAUGUCUGUGUCAUCAGGGCUACGUAUGGUCCACUACGAAGAAGUAGAUUGAUGGUUUGAAAGCACCCCCAAGGCCUACGAUUUAGUUUACCAAUGUAUUCUUUUUCGUUUGGGGGAGUUGCUUCUGUUUGUUUAUGGAAACUUGUACUUCAGGUAGGGGGAAUUUUAAUACCUCCUUAACCAAGUUUUAUUUUAUUAUUCAGACAAUAAAUACGUUCUCAUGUAAUGCUGGCUUAUUUUCUAAUUUCUAUCUGUAACUUUUAAUAUGCCAAAGAGUGGCCAAUACAAAAGGAAAGAGAAGAAUGGGAUUUAAGCCAGUUUAUUUAGAGUAUAUGUUACAGACAGAGGGAUAGCUACUUAUUUGGCAAUCCUCCAUUCCUGGACCACCCUUACGAUCUUCAAAAGAAACAUAAGUCUAGGCCAUGCCAGAACUUGAUCUCUGCUGGUCUGCCUGAAAACUCCAAUUUUCUCCAGUUUUCCGUAGAACCAACUGGAAAAAUUUAUGACAGGACUUAUAACUUAUGUGCCUUCAUAACGUAGAAGGAGGAGGAUCUCAUUCAAAGUCAUAGAAACUACAAUGAUGUUCAGUAAUUCUGACACCAGGUCUAGAUUAUUUAAUUAAUGCUUUAAAAAGGUGGAAAUGUACUUUAUUGCAUGUCUUUCCCUGGUCAAUUCUCAUCCUCUCUUAAAUUUUCUUUUUUUUACACCACACACACACACACACA